AUGCCCACUCCACGCGGUCUCGCCUUCCAACUCCAACCUCCAGGCUUUGGCCUCAUACAGGAGCGCAUUCGUGCCGACCUCUUUGCCCUAGUUAUCCGGGCCAUUCUCUGGAACCAGACCACAGCCAGAGCUAGAAGGCCAAUUGUGUUCCGCCUCCUUACACAGUACCCAUCACCGCAAGCUCUCGCUAAAGCCUCUGUCGCAGACCUUACAGCCCUCAUCUAUUGCCUCGGCCUCCACAAUAUCCGCGCACGCCGUCUCAUCAGCCUCGCCCAAGCAUGGGUAAGCUCACCACCCUGCGCGGAACGCAGGUACGGAAGACGCGACUACCCCAACUCCGGAGAAGGCGUUAAGAAUGGACUCCUACUUGAUCCAAACGAUAAGCGCGAGGGCUGGGAGAUUGCACAUUUACCUGGAAUUGGCCCAUACGCUCUUGAUGGUUUUCGAAUAUUCUUUCGGGAUCAACUCCACGGGUUUGAAGGGAAGGGGGAGGUUGAGCCGGAGUGGCAGAGAGUUGUACCAUUGGAUAAGGACUUAAGAGCGUAUCUCGUUUGGAGGUGGAGGCAGGACGGGUGGCGAUGGAAUUUUAAAACUGGGGAGAGGGUGAGGGUAGAGUUGGCUUGA